AUGUCAGGAUUACUAGAAGAAGUCGGCACUCCGUGCCCAUCAAGGUCCUCGAGACUUGGCCGAAGCAGCGGAGAUAGCUCAUUUAGCAGACUUUGGGAGGAUAGCUUGGAAACCUCCGACGAGACCGUCAAUGUCGAGUUCACCACCGAGAUCAAGGCACCGCUUCUAACGAGAGUUAAACCCCGCCGAAGGACCAAGACCGGGAGCUCUUUCGCUAUCCACGAUGAUGGCGAACCUAUUUCCAUGCAAACAGCCAACCCGAAGAGAAGAGAAACCGGCGCAGCAGUCACAACUUCAAAUCGCAAGACGUCCUUACUUGCCCAACCAGCCCAGAGGUUCCGUCCAAAGGUUAGUUUCGCAAAUAGACCAGCCAAGCACCAGAAAAUGCAAGGAGAUUCUGAAAAGAGAUUGCGAAACCCAAACUUUGAUGCGGAGAAGAAUAGGGAGCUCUUGAUGCAGAUCAAUGGGAACGGACGGCAAAUUCCGCAGAAGGAUGCUUUGAAGAAAGAUAUGCGCCGCAACACGGUUUAUAUUCCGCCGGAUGACUCGACGGUUGCAAGCGUUUUUAUGCGCAUGUUUAGUCCUAUUAAGUCUAAUACUAUGCAGGGCGUUGUUUUGGAGGAUACUCAGAUCAACUCCUUGGAGUCGCAGAUUGCUAGAAAACGGCAAGCAAAGCGUUCUCUGACUUCAUCCGCGCAGCGAACUCCGUUACAACCAAGUGCAAAAGUUAAGCAAGAAUCGUGCAUUCACAUUGAUAUUGCUGGGAAGAAUGGUGGGAAGGAAAAUGUGCCACCUGGGACCGUUCUCCUCAAUAAAGACAAGGGCUAUCAACCGACGAAAAUACAGAACAGAUUCGACAAUGCCCAGAAAAUUUCCAACCCUCCGCAGACUGAAUUACUUGGGCACAGAUCUACAAAGCCGAUGAGCCCACUAGCAACAAGGUCCGUUAACGGGCCUGUAAGACGAAAAGUGAUGGAAGAGAAAAGAAACAACGCGAUAGCGCCAUCUGUUAAUUUAUUCCAAGCCAACAACAAUUUGAAAAAACGAAAGACAAAAUUUGUCAAUAAAACACUAACUGUUUCUAAAGAUACCACACACUCACACCCACUGAAGAAGUCGGAAAUGCGCGUCAAGCCCUCCAAGUCUGCGAGUUUACGAGCUAACUCGGAAAGUCUUGAGGACGAGUAUCCGCUGGUUCGAGAGCAUAUCACAGGCCCGGCAUUGUAUGAAUAUGACUGGCUCUCUCAUCAGGAGGUCAUGAUAACUCAAUUGAUUAACGGGCUCUUCGAUCAGACUAAUAAGAAAUCAAGCUUCAAUGACCCGACAUUGCUUCGACAUGAACUUCUCAUGCUCUACCAGGAGAAACCAUUCGCUCAUCUUUACAAGAGGAUCCAAGCAUCGUUGUUAUAUGGAGCCAUGAGUAUCCCAAAGGAUGCGCUUGCCCAGCAUGUCCGGCUGCGGCGGGAUGUGGGAAUGAAGCGAAAGUUUCUGGAUUUCUGGAUGCAGACAUAUAAUCCCUGGGCAUUGAGAGCGGCGGUAGAAACAGUUACUGGAAGGAGAAUACUCAACGGCAAAUUUUCUCGGGACAGUGUUCACGGCCCUGCUGACACAAUCUCCGGUAGUGAGAAAACACUCAAGAGAGAACUGGAAAGCUUUUUGAACACCUUUCUGCUGCAGAAUAAAGAUAUGGAGCAGCAUAGUAGAGAGCUCAGCGAAGGUGAUUUUGAUGUGGUAGGCAUGGCAUAUCAUCGAACAGUUCUUCGCAGCAUCAUGAUCAUCAUUCUCUUGGAUAAGGGGAGGACUUCCUCAGGGUCGAUGCUUCCCCGUUGCCUUUUCCUUCGUUCGUCGCAGCUUAAGUCCUCUACAGCCGUACUCCAGGCUCUAGCUCGUUUCCUGCUACCCUCUUCCGGGGACAUCAUCAAGAUGCUCGGUCAUUUAGGCUGCCAUUUGGACUAUGAGCAACGACCACUUGAGGAGUAUGACUACCACAUAAGCAACUUGGCUGUAGAUAUGAGAGACGGUGUCCGUCUAACCAAGGUUGUGGAAUUGUUACUAUACUCUACCAACUUGUGCCCAGAUAAUGUCCCUCCUCAUCGUGAAAGUCACACGGCCGAGUUGUUGGGACCACUUUCGCGGGGGUUGAAGCUACCAUGUCUCAGUCGUGCAGUGAAGCUGUUCAAUGUUCGAAUUGCUCUAGAUGCAUUAGCUUGCACGGAGAGCUCGCAGAAGUUGGUUCGCCAUGUGCGUGCAGAAGACAUCGUUGACGGAUAUCGUGAAAAGACCAUUGCACUUCUAUGGGGACUUGUUAGCCAAUGGGUCAUUGGCGGACUUGUGGACUGGGAUGACGUGAGAAAGGAGAUCGACCGUCUGAAACACAAAGCUCUUUCCCAAUAUGGAUAUGAGUCGGUCAGAGACGAGGAAUGGUUCAGCGACAGGAACUUGAAUGGAUUGUAUGAGAAGGACGAUGAUCCGAUUUUGUUACUGAAGCAAUGGGCUUCUAUCCUGGCCUAUCUGAAGGGUCUACGUCUUGAGAAUCUCAGCACCAGUUUUGGAGAUGGCAAGGUCUACGGAAGUAUGAUGGAUGAGUAUGAAGGCUACAUACUCGAUGAGGAUCAGGAUCUGUCUACUACCGACAGGGAAACGAUUCCUUUACUACAAUCCCGCCUCAGAGCGUUAGGAUGCAGUGCACAAUUUGCGUACCUCAUUUCCUCUUGCACCUCCACGUCUCACAUCCUUGACAGUGACUCCACAAUCGGAGCACUUGCCUUUCUCUGUUCUCGCCUCCUCUCUGCGACCAAGCGCGCUCGCGCCGCGGCAGUCCUACAAAAUACAUGGCGGCAGAUCCUCGCACGCCGGGAUCUACAACGGCGGACAAUGGCUCGAGACGUCGCUCGACAGUGCGCGGCAGUCGUACAAACAAGGGACCGGAUUCUCUGGGCCAAGGAGAUCAUUGUCAGGUGGUGGAGAACGACGAAAGCAAUGCAGCAACGACGUAAUAGGUUAGGCAGCAGGUACGGGAGACAGAUCCCCAUGUUAAAGAGGACCCCUCUACGUGGCCAUCAGCCUCCAUCCUGAAUCCUGACGUUUCAUCAUCCCCCGCGUUGCAUAUUGGGCAUUGGCAAGGCGAUUAUCCAGGACUGGCUACGAUUUCACCGCAUGGGUGUACGAGGGGAUUACUUUCCCCAUUCAUUCUUUCCUUUGUUCCGCCGAGCUGUGGUAGGUUGUACUGUACUAUUUUCGGAGUUUCCAACAUAGCCAUUGUCUAGCGAUUAUUCCAUAUGAAUAAUGUCAUACCAAGAUAAGACAACCAAGACAAGACAA